ACACACACACGCGCGCGCGCGCGCACACACACACACACGAACCGGUAGAGGAUAACUGCUGCUGCUGCUCAUGGUGAUUAUUGUGAUGAUGCUGCUGCUGUUGAAUCAUCCGCAGCUCUGUAUUUGUUUUCCGCCACAUGUCAGCAGCUGAAGACGAUCGUCGUCAUUUCAUCCUCACAAGUGAACGCAGAUGUGUGUGAGUAUUUAGCUGCGGAUUCCGGACUUACGACUUUCACGACAUCGCUGACAUGAAACCAUGACCGGCAUCCUCCUGUCUCCCUGACGAUGCUCUGACUGGUGGGAUGCAGUCACAGUUUGAAGCCGGACAUGAUUUUCAUCUCAGGAGUCGCCGUAGUGGAUGCGGGAGAAUGAGCGCCGCACCCCGAGAGAUACUGACUAGGAGGAGAACAUAGCCCGGGCCUUAAGACGCUUCAGAACCGCACCGGAUUUCUGCUCGACUGUGGCGCACAAGUGACCGUCGUUGUUUUUGUGAGGCUGGGACUGUCUUUGGGGGAGGUGGGCUUCUCCUGUUGCUGUGGAGCAGAGGAUCAUCUGCUGCUCACACCCAAAGAGGAGCACCGGGACUGAGCUGCCCACCUACUUAUUUCUACACGCAAUAAUAACCUUUGAGUAUGGCUGAGAAGACACUGGAGCCAGGCUCCGUCAGUAUCCCCAUGGAAGAGACCAAACUUCACAGUGGAGCCCCACAGGAGGCGCCACUGCUCACCCACCUGAAGAAAGUGGAAAACCACAUCACUGACGCUCAGCGCUUCUCCCACCUCCCCCGUCGUUCUGCUGUGGACCUGGAGUUCAACGAGGUCUCCUACACCAUCCGCGAGGGUCACUGGUGGAGGAGGAGAGGUUACAAAGCCCUCCUCAAGUGUCUGUCGGGAAGAUUCAACAGCAGAGAGCUGAUUGGCAUCAUGGGGCCCUCUGGAGCAGGGAAAUCCACUCUGAUGAAUAUUUUGGCAGGUUACAGGGAGACGGGCAUGAAGGGUCAGAUCCUAGUAAAUGGGAGACCAAGGGAUCUGCGGACCUUCAGGAAGAUGUCCUGCUACAUCAUGCAGGAUGACAUGUUGCUGCCACACCUCACAACAAGGGAGGCCAUGAUGGUUUCUGCAAAUCUGAAACUGAAUGAGAGCGUGCAGGUCAAAAAUGAACUUGUGGAUGAGAUCCUGACUGCACUGGGUCUUCAGGAGUGUGCUCAGACACGCACCAACUGUCUUUCUGGGGGUCAGUGUAAAAGACUCGCCAUCGCCCAGGAGCUGGUCAACAAUCCUCCUGUCAUGUUCUUUGAUGAGCCCACCAGUGGUCUGGACAGCGCGUCCUGCUUCCAGGUGGUUUCUCUCAUGAAGUCUCUGGCUCAAGGCGGACGGACAAUCAUCUGCACCAUUCAUCAGCCCAGUGCCAAGCUCUUUGAGAUGUUUGAUAAGCUGUACAUCCUCAGUCAGGGUCAGUGCAUAUACAAGGGCACAGUCCCUUACCUCAUCCCUUAUCUGAAGAACCUGAGCCUCCACUGCCCGACGUAUCAUAAUCCGGCUGAUUUCAUCAUCGAGGUGGCAUCAGGGGAGUAUGGAGACCUGAAUCCAGUGCUGUUUGAGGCCGUCCAGGGUGGACUGUGCUCCGAAGAGGGAAAGAAGAACUCAAAAAGUGAUUCUUCCUGUCCUUCCCAGUGUCACAGUGACACAGGAACCCUGGAGAAACGUAGUUUUGCAACCAGUACAUUCACACAGUUCUGCAUCCUCUUUAAAAGAACCUUCAUUACAAUAUGCAGGGAUACGGUUCUGACCCACCUCCGGGUCAUGUCCCAUCUGUGCAUUGGCGUGCUCAUUGGCUUGCUUUAUCUGAAAAUUGGAAAUGAUGCCAGCAAGGUCUUCAACAACACUGGUUUCCUCUUUUUCUCCAUGCUCUUCCUAAUGUUUGCUGCCCUGAUGCCCACUGUCCUAACCUUUCCUCUGGAGAUGUCUGUGUUUUUAAGGGAGCAUCUCAACUACUGGUAUAGCCUGAAGGCCUAUUACCUGGCCAAAACCAUGGCUGACAUACCGUUCCAGGUGAUUUGUCCAAUCAUGUACUGUAGUAUAGUGUACUGGAUGACUGGACAGCCACCAGAGGCGGGUCGCUACCUGCUCUUCAUGGCCUUGUCCACGUCCACAGCCUUGGUAGCCCAGUCCCUGGGUCUCCUUAUUGGGGCAGCAUCAACAUCUCUGCAGGUGGCAACGUUUGUGGGUCCAGUCACAGCUAUACCCGUGCUCCUCUUCUCUGGUUUCUUUGUCAACUUUGACACCAUUCCCAAAUACCUACAGUGGAGCUCUUAUAUCUCCUAUGUCAGGUAUGGCUUUGAAGGGGUGAUACUGUCGAUCUAUGGGAUGAACCGUUCAGAGCUGGAGUGUCCAGGCUCGGUGUGUAAGUUCCAAAAGCCUGAAGAGGUUCUACAGCUGCUGGAUGUGGAGGAUGCUAAGCUCUAUGUGGAUUUCAUGGUGUUGGGAGUUUUCUUCCUGGUCCUCAGACUGGCUACUUACCUGGUGCUGCGCUACAAAGUGAAAUCAGAGCGUUAACAUCCAGAGACAACUGACGGAUUCAGACACUCAUACAUAUCCUGGCAGUAUGAGACAGCAAGAAAACAGGUAGUCUCUAUUUCUCUGUGUCUACGUACCAUUCAUGUACAAAGAUGUACAGAAAUCCAACACAUGCAGUCAUCCAGAAGCUGUGUCGCAUUAACUGUACAGGUUAUUAUCUUUAUUUUAGGUUUGCUAUUCAACAAAAAGGGAAAAUAAAGACAGUUACAUUUGGUGUCCAUGAUAUCCCAUCCCAUAAUAGUAUGUGUAUCCAACAUACACAAGAAUGCUCAGCAAAGUGUCAGAAAGCAUGUUUAAUUGAACUGAGAAAUUUGGAUUCAUAUUUAUUUGGUAGAACCAGGAAAGUGCCAGCUGAAAGUGUUCAGAAAAGAGGCCACUUUCAGUUCCAGCUGUUUUUGUGUUCCUUCCGUCUCAUCUAAGGAUCAUCUUUUCAAGACACUGAACAUGGUGGCUUUUCUUCAUGGAAUACAAUCUUACAACAGACUGACUGCCAGCGAAAUACUUUCUUCUCUGUCUUCCUCAAGUGUGGUCAUUUUCACCAACCUCCUGCCCCACUAAUGAGAGUGGUCAUUUAGACAUUUAGACCUGUUGGGAAAUACAUCCAACAGUGUAAAUGAUCCGGAUACACCUUGAAACCAGGCCUCGGAUUCCUUACUUUGCUCUGUAUGUAUUAUAACACAUGGGUUUCUCCCAUUACUGUGGAAACAUUUACUUAAAUGAAGGCAAAAUGUGAAAUAAGCAUGACUGCUGCAGAGUCUUUCUACAUCAUACAGCUUACUGAGAGAGAAUGGCGAAACAAUAUAGCUUCUAUUGUUGAAAAAAAAAAUGGUAUUUAGUGUUGCUCUUUUGACACAAUUCUUUGAACUGCUUGUUUCCCCUCAUCUCACUCUUUAGCUGCCUCAUCCCUGAAUUAUGUAUGGAAAGAUCGCUGUUCCUCCGCUUCUCUUUCUCUCUGCUUUGCUGAUGUCUGACAGAUGUUUGUUGUCCAAAAACAAUGCUAGAUACUUGAAAUGCAGAUUUUGUGCCUCUGAACUAGAAUAAUUUGAGUUUACUCUGCUUCAUUGUUGCACAUACACCUAACCCCCCCCCCCCCCCCCCACACACACACACACACACACACACUUUAGCAAUGUUUAGAAGAGCCUGUCUUUGUAACAGGGCAAUGCAAGAUUUACCAAUAGACUUGCUAUGAAAUAUUUCUUACCCAAACUAUGCUACUUAGUAACCCUUAUUAUAAUGCAUAUAAUGAUGUGAUAAUAUAACCGAUGAUUGUACAGUGAAUAUGUUAUGCUGUAAACAAAUUUACAUUUGCACUUUUCAAUGUAUGUUAACGACUUUUAAUUUACUGGUAUUUCAUUUCGAUUCUUUUUUUUUACCUGUUUGUGAUGAGUGCUGCUUGAAAGUAUAACAGGAAAACUGCAACUGAAUGUUGCAUGUUCACUUUACAUUUAUGAGAUAUUCAAUUUGUGUGCAGAAUAUUUUAUUUUCCUCAUCCAAGAUGAUGUUUGAGAAGAAAGAAAGAAAGAAAGAAAGAAGAACAGUCAACCAAAUGUAUCAUUAUGUAGCUGAACAAGAUUGGUGAUCUCUUUCGGGAGCAGCUGGAUCAGAGAGCAGAUCAAUAAUCACUGACCAUGGUGUUGCAGGUUUGGAUUCUAUCAUUAUUAGCAAUAGUCAACAUUUGAUGACUAUUGAUGGUGAUAUUAAUUUGUUACCUGUACACCGAUACUGUGGCAAUAUGUGUUUUACAGAAAAAGAGAGUUUUUUUUGUUGUUUUAUCAUGUACAAUAACCAUCUAAAUGUAUUUUUGACUACUUUAUGAAUGAAGAUGUGAUGCUGCAAUCUGAUUGUUUUUUAUCUUUUAACUUCAGGUCUGUCUUUGUCACUUAUAUGUUCAGCAAGAGACAAAAUUUGGUGGAUGUUUUAACGAGCUAAUACUAGAGGGUUGACAGCAGUUUCGUAGUACACUGGGUUCAGGGUGCUUUAAAGUCACACAUUUAUUUUUGGAACACAAAGAUAAUAGGUUCUUGUUGUUGAAGCAUGGGCAACUGCCCACACAGAUAUUUUUUUUAUUUUCAGAUUAUAUCAGAAGCCAUGAACUUGUAGCAGACCUGCAGGAAUGAUUUUGUCAAAAAAAAAAGAAGAAGAAGGGGAAAUUGAUAAGAAAAAAGACAUUCAACUACAGAAAUGAAACAGUAACAAAGCUGGGAUGAUUAGUGUUGGAUUCACAAACGUGUCUGGAAAAGAGUCUGCCUUGGGUCGUAAGACCUGUGGUACCAAAGAAGAAAACAAAUCAUCCUUUCUGUGCUGCAAGAUGUGAACGAAUCGGCUCACUUCCGUGAGAUGAUGUCAUACAGUGUUCUCAUUAAUUAUCUGACCAAAGAAACCGCUCUGAAAAUACAACCACAAUGUUUCCAAAUACCUGGUGUUUGGAUUUUCAAUCCUCUUGAUUUGUUUAUUUUUUGCGAGCUAUAUUUUCCAGUGUCCCCUGUAGUUGCUGACAGAUAUAGUUCAGCUCCAGUAUACUAAAUUAGAGUGAGAAGGUUGCCUGUUAGAAUCCCAGUUCAGCCGUGGGCCUUUCUAUGUGGAGUGUGUUCUCCCCAUGUGUGCGUGUCCAGUUUCCUCUCACAGUCCAAAAACAUGCAGAGGUUAGUCGGACACUGAAGGUAUGAGUGUGACAUUGAAUGGUUGUUUGUCCAGGGUCAAGUCAGCUGGAAUUGGCUCCAACUCCCCUCAUGACCCUCAUGUGGAGGAUAAAGCAGUAGACAAUAAAAAUCAGAUCACUUUCUUUGAUAGUUUUAUUUAUCAUGUCACUGUUUUUCUCAUGUCAUUAGCUACACAACUCUAGUGCAUGAUAAAUGCUAAUAUACAGGUGGUCCCUCUACAGAAAGCUACUUGUCUGAUCGAAAAGUUUUUGGUAAUUCAAGGAUGUUAAAUGCAGAUUGCUCUUUAAAUGUAUUUUGUUGUUUGAUUUAUUUGUUUAUCAUUACAAUUAAAUGUAAGGUUUCUCUACUCAAAAAAAUGCAAGUUCUGUAUACUGAACGGUGUUCUUAGGAUUAUAAUAAAGAUUAUUUAUAACCUUU